AUGACUUUAAACAGCAGAAGGAGGUGGUGUUUCAUUUCAAAAUAUGAGGCCAGAUGGACCGUAUUCCUCACCAUAUUAUAUGUAUGGUGCAUCGUUUGUGGAGGUACAUCCUCCAUAACACCAACAACAGCAGUUUCAACAGCCAAUGAAGUUUGUAUAAUAAGAACUAAAGCAUCUAUUACCACAGCUAUGACUCCCAAACAAAAUAAAUGCAUAGCUGUGACUUUCACAACUACAUCUCCUACAACUACUGAUUCAACAUCAAUUGCAUCUACAACUGAGGCUUCUACAGAAAAUGCACCUUCAACAACAGCUACAGGUCAAACAGAAAUGUCAUCUUCAAUGACAACAAAAACUGGAGCUUCCACAACCAUAGAUGUGAUCCCCACAACCACUCUCAUAUCCUCACCAAGUACAACUGCACCUUCAACAGCAACAAAUGUUGAUUCAACAACAACAGCACCGUCAACAGAAACUGAAGCUUCCACGACCAUAAAGGUGACCCCCACAACCACUCUCAUAUCCUCACCAAGUACAACUGCACCUUCAACAGCAACAAAUGCUGAUUCAACAACAACAGCACCAUCAACAGAAACUGAAGCUUCCACAACCAUAGAGGUGACCCCCACAACCACUCUCAUAUCCUCACCAAGUACAACUGCACCUUCAACAGCAACAAAUGCUGAUUCAACAACAACAGCACCAUCAACAGAAACUGAAGCUUCCACAACCAUAGAGGUGACCCCACAACCACUCUCAUAUCCUCACCAAGUACAACUGCACCUUCAACAUACAACUGCACCUUCAACAGCAACAAAUGCUGAUUCAACAACAACAGCACCGUUAACAGAAAAUGAAGCUUCCACAACCAUAGAGGUGACCCCCACAACCACUCUCAUAUCCUCACCAAGUACAACUGCACCUUCAACAGCAACAAAUGCUGAUUCAACAACAACAGCACCGUUAACAGAAAAUGAAGCUUCCACAACCAUAGAGGUGACCCCCACAACCACUCUCAUAUCCUCACCAAGUACAACUGCACCUUCAACAGCAACAAAUGCUGAUUCAACAACAACAGCACCGUCAACAGAAACUGAAGCUUCCACAACCAUAGAGGUGACCCCCACAACCACUCUCAUAUCCUCACCAAGUACAACUGCACCUUCAACAGCAACAAAUGCUGAUUCAACAACAACAGCACCGUUAACAGAAAAUGAAGCUUCCACAACCAUAGAGGUGACCCCCACAACCACUCUCAUAUCCUCACCAACAACAAAUGCUGAUUCAACAACAACAGCACCGUUAACAGAAAAUGAAGCUUCCACAACCAUAGAGGUGACCCCCACAACCACUCUCAUAUCCUCACCAAGUACAACUGCACCUUCAACAGCAACAAAUGCUGAUUCAACAACAACAGCACCGUUAACAGAAAAUGAAGCUUCCACAACCAUAGAGGUGACCCCCACAACCACUCUCAUAUCCUCACCAAGUACAACUGCACCUUCAACAGCAACAAAUGCUGAUUCAACAACAACAGCACCGUUAACAGAAAAUGAAGCUUCCACAACCAUAGAGGUGACCCCCACAACCACUCUCAUAUCCUCACCAAGUACAACUGCACCUUCAACAGCAACAAAUGCUGAUUCAACAACAACAGCACCGUUAACAGAAAAUGAAGCUUCCACAACCAUAGGUGACCCCACAACCACUCUCAUAUCCUCACCACGUACAACUGCACCUUCAACAGCAACAAAUGCUGAUUCAACAACAACAGCACCGUUAACAGAAAAUGAAGCUUCCACAACCAUAGAGGUGACCCCCACAACCACUCUCAUAUCCUCACCAACAACAAAUGCUGAUUCAACAACAACAGCACCGUCAACAGAAACUGAAGCUUCCACAACCAUAGGGGUGACCCCCACAACCACUCUCAUAUCCUCACCAAGUACAACUGCACCUUCAACAGCAACAAAUGCUGAUUCAACAACAACAGCACCGUUAACAGAAAAUGAAGCUUCCACAACCAUAGAGGUGACCCCACAACCACUCAUAUCCUCACCACGUACAACUGCACCUUCAACAGCAACAAAUGCUGAUUCAACAACAACAGCACCGUUAACAGAAAAUGAAGCUUCCACAACCAUAGAGGUGACCCCCACAACCACUCUCAUAUCCUCACCAACAACAAAUGCUGAUUCAACAACAACAGCACCGUUAACAGAAAAUGAAGCUUCCACAACCAUAGAGGUGACCCCCACAACCACUCUCAUAUCCUCACCAAGUACAACUGCACCUUCAACAGCAACAAAUGCUGAUUCAACAACAACAGCACCGUUAACAGAAAAUGAAGCUUCCACAACCAUAGAGGUGACCCCCACAACCACUCUCAUAUCCUCACCACCAACAAAUGCUGAUUCAACAACAACAGCACCGUUAACAGAAAAUGAAGCUUCCACAACCAUAGAGGUGACCCCCACAACCACUCUCAUAUCCUCACCAAGUACAACUGCACCUUCAACAGCAACAAAUGCUGAUUCAACAACAACAGCACCGUUAACAGAAAAUGAAGCUUCCACAACCAUAGAGGUGACCCCCACAACCACUCUCAUAUCCUCACCAAGUACAACUGAACCUUCAACAGCAACAAAUGCUGCUUCAAAAACAACAGCACCGUCAAUAGAAACUGAAGCUUCCACAACCAUAGAGGUGACCCCCACAACCACCCUCAUAUCUUCAGAAUCUACAACAACAGCAAAAGCUGCUCCAACAACACCACUGUCAACAACAAAUGAAGGAUCAACUACCACAGCAGUGAAUCCCACAUCCACACCUUUCUCUUUAGCAAAUUCAAGUCCACCUAUUACAACAAGAAGUGCCGCUCCAACAUCAUCUUCAGUCAGUAAAGGUUAUACAACCACAGCUGUGACACUCACAUCCUUGCGUGUUUUCUCAGGACCUACAAUUGCACCUCCAGCAACAGAAAAUGCUGGUCUUACCACAACACUUCUUUCAAUAUCUCCAACUUCUUCUCUUGUAUCACCAAGCACAACAACCAUAUCUCCAACCACAAUACCACUUUUCACCAAAACCAGAACUGCUGCGGCAACAACAUUUGUCACACCCACAACCAUGCCAAUGUUAUCAGAAUUUACGAAAUCAUUUCUAACAUCCUCAUCUUUGAUGAAUGCAACAACAAAUGCAGUGACUCCGACUAGACUUUCAGAAACACAAAAUCCCGCUCCAACUGCAUUUGUAUCUCAAAGCACAAAAACUGUGUCUUUAGCAACCACUGAAACCACUGCACCAACCAUUAUAAUUGUAACUCAAGAAACAACUAUGCCAUUAUCAAUGUCAGCUACUGCUGCUACAGUUGCAUCAACUAAAACAACAGCAGUGGUGGCAAGCAAACUGCUAUUCAACUCCUCGUCUCCAGUCACCAGUGAAUCUCAGGUCCUCAGAGCUAUCAAUACUCUCCUGAAAUCCAGAGAGUCACAGCUCAGUGAAUCAGUGAAGGUCAUUAAUGUCAACUAUGAGAAAAUAUCAGAAACCUCCUAUGCUGUGGUCAUUACAUUUAGCCUGGUUAAUAUCAGCAUGCCAGAGGACCCUGAGCUCAGAGGUGACACAUACCAGCAAGUGCAGGACACCAUCAAUAACGCGCUGAACACUCUUCUGAAUGAACCUGGCAAGAACGUUUUUGAACCCAAGUCUUCCAAUUUUAUGAGCUCUUCAAACCAGAUUGAUGGCAGGAUGGACUACACCUUCCAGGAUGGAGAUGCCAUACAACCAGUCAGCUUCCUAAAUGAACUACGUCUGCCAACCACUACAACAGUGCCUCCAGAAAGAACAACCAGUUUUUCUGUCACUACUCCCAACCUCAUAUCUGGUUCAGCAAUGGUCACAAGCAAGCUAGAGUUCAACUCCUCAUCUCCAGUCCCCAGUGAAGAUCUGGUCCUCAGCGCUAUCAACACUCUCCGCAAUUCCAGAGAGUCACAGCUGAAUGAAUCAGUGAAGGUGGUGAAUGUCAUCUAUCAGAAAAUCUCAGAAACUUCCUAUGCUGUGAUCUUUACAUUUAACGUGAUUAACAUCAGCAUGUCAGAGGACCCUGAGCUCAGACGCGACACCAACCAGCAAGUGCAGGACAUCAUCAAUAACGCGCUGAACACUCUUCUGAAUGAACCUGGCAAGAACGUUUUUGAACCCAAGUCUUCCAAUUUUAUGAGCUCUUCAAACCAGAUUGAUGGCAGGAUGGACUACACCUUCCAGGAUGGAGAUGCCAUACAACCAGUCAGCUUCCUAAAUGAACUACGUCUGCCAACCACUACAACAGUGCCUCCAGAAAGAACAACCAGUUUUUCUGUCACUACUCCCAACCUCAUAUCUGGUUCAGCAAUGGUCACAAGCAAGCUAGAGUUCAACUCCUCAUCUCCAGUCCCCAGUGAAGAUCUGGUCCUCAGCGCUAUCAACACUCUCCGCAAUUCCAGAGAGUCACAGCUGAAUGAAUCAGUGAAGGUGGUGAAUGUCAUCUAUCAGAAAAUCUCAGAAACUUCCUAUGCUGUGAUCUUUACAUUUAACGUGAUUAACAUCAGCAUGUCAGAGGACCCUGAGCUCAGACGCGACACCAACCAGCAAGUGCAGGACAUCAUCAAUAACGCGCUGAACACUCUUCUGAAUGAACCUGGCAAGAACGUUUUUGAACCCAAGUCUUCCAAUUUUAUGAGCUCUUCAAACCAGAUUGAUGGCAGGAUGGACUACACCUUCCAGGAUGGAGAUGCCAUACAACCAGUCAGCUUCCUAAAUGAACUACGUCUGCCAACCACUACAACAGUGCCUCCAGAAAGAACAACCAGUUUUUCUGUCACUACUCCCAACCUCAUAUCUGGUUCAGCAAUGGUCACAAGCAAGCUAGAGUUCAACUCCUCAUCUCCAGUCCCCAGUGAAGAUCGGGUCCUCAGCGCUAUCAACACUCUCCGCAAUUCCAGAGAGUCACAGCUGAAUGAAUCAGUGAAGGUGGUGAAUGUCAUCUAUCAGAAAAUCUCAGAAACUUCCUAUGCUGUGAUCUUUACAUUUAACGUGAUUAACAUCAGCAUGUCAAAGGACCCUGAGCUCAGACGCGACACCAACCAGCAAGUGCAGGACAUCAUCAAUAACGCGCUGAACACUCUUCUGAAUGAACCUGGCAAGAACGUUUUUGAACCCAAGUCUUCCAAUUUUAUGAGCUCUUCAAACCAGAUUGAUGGCAGGAUGGACUACACCUUCCAGGAUGGAGAUGCCAUACAACCAGUCAGCUUCCUAAAUGAACUACGUCUGCCAACCACUACAACAGUGCCUCCAGAAAGAACAACCAGUUUUUCUGUCACUACUCCCAACCUCAUAUCUGGUUCAGCAAUGGUCACAAGCAAGCUAGAGUUCAACUCCUCAUCUCCAGUCCCCAGUGAAGAUCUGGUCCUCAGCGCUAUCAACACUCUCCGCAAUUCCAGAGAGUCACAGCUGAAUGAAUCAGUGAAGGUGGUGAAUGUCAUCUAUCAGAAAAUCUCAGAAACUUCCUAUGCUGUGAUCUUUACAUUUAACGUGAUUAACAUCAGCAUGUCAGAGGACCCUGAGCUCAGACGCGACACCAACCAGCAAGUGCAGGACAUCAUCAAUAACGCGCUGAACACUCUUCUGAAUGAACCUGGCAAGAACGUUUUUGAACCCAAGUCUUCCAAUUUUAUGAGCUCUUCAAACCAGAUUGAUGGCAGGAUGGACUACACCUUCCAGGAUGGAGAUGCCAUACAACCAGUCAGCUUCCUAAAUGAACUACGUCUGCCAACCACUACAACAACGACACCAACCAGCAAGUGCAGGACAUCAUCAAUAACGCGAUCUGGUUCAGCAAUGGUCACAAGCAAGCUAGAGUUCAACUCCUCAUCUCCAGUCCCCAGUGAAGAUCUGGUCCUCAGCGCUAUCAACACUCUCCGCAAUUCCAGAGAGUCACAGCUGAAUGAAUCAGUGAAGGUGGUGAAUGUCAUCUAUCAGAAAAUCUCAGAAACUUCCUAUGCUGUGAUCUUUACAUUUAACGUGAUUAACAUCAGCAUGUCAAAGGACCCUGAGCUCAGACGCGACACCAACCAGCAAGUGCAGGACAUCAUCAAUAACGCGCUGAACACUCUUCUGAAUGAACCUGGCAAGAACGUUUUUGAACCCAAGUCUUCCAAUUUUAUGAGCUCUUCAAACCAGAUUGAUGGCAGGAUGGACUACACCUUCCAGGAUGGAGAUGCCAUACAACCAGUCAGCUUCCUAAAUGAACUACGUCUGCCAACCACUACAACAGUGCCUCCAGAAAGAACAACCAGUUUUUCUGUCACUACUCCCAACCUCAUAUCUGGUUCAGCAAUGGUCACAAGCAAGCUAGAGUUCAACUCCUCAUCUCCAGUCCCCAGUGAAGAUCUGGUCCUCAGCGCUAUCAACACUCUCCGCAAUUCCAGAGAGUCACAGCUGAAUGAAUCAGUGAAGGUGGUGAAUGUCAUCUAUCAGAAAAUCUCAGAAACUUCCUAUGCUGUGAUCUUUACAUUUAACGUGAUUAACAUCAGCAUGUCAGAGGACCCUGAGCUCAGACGCGACACCAACCAGCAAGUGCAGGACAUCAUCAAUAACGCGCUGAACACUCUUCUGAAUGAACCUGGCAAGAACGUUUUUGAACCCAAGUCUUCCAAUUUUAUGAGCUCUUCAAACCAGAUUGAUGGCAGGAUGGACUACACCUUCCAGGAUGGAGAUGCCAUACAACCAGUCAGCUUCCUAAAUGAACUACGUCUGCCAACCACUACAACAGUGCCUCCAGAAAGAACAACCAGUUUUUCUGUCACUACUCCCAACCUCAUAUCUGGUUCAGCAAUGGUCACAAGCAAGCUAGAGUUCAACUCCUCAUCUCCAGUCCCCAGUGAAGAUCUGGUCCUCAGCGCUAUCAACACUCUCCGCAAUUCCAGAGAGUCACAGCUGAAUGAAUCAGUGAAGGUGGUGAAUGUCAUCUAUCAGAAAAUCUCAGAAACCUCCUAUGCUGUGAUCUUUACAUUUAAUGUGAUUAACAUCAGCAUGUCAGAGGACCCUGAGCUCAGACGCGACACCAACCAGCAAGUGCAGGACAUCAUCAAUAAUGCGCUGAACACUCUUCUGAAUGAACUUAGAAGUCCAACUUUACAGCCCAAUUCAUCAAACUUCACGAGCACUUCAAACCAGAUUGAUGGCAGAAUGGAAUACACCUUCCAGGAUGGAGAUGCCAUACAACCAGUCAGCUUCCUAAAUGAGCUACGUGUGCCAACCUCUACAACAGUGCUUCCAGAAAGACCUACCAGUUUUUCUGUCACUACUCUCAACCUCAUAUCUGGUUCAGCAAUGGUCAUAAGCAAGCUAGAGUUCAACUCCUCAUCUCCAGUCCCCAGUGAAGAUCUGGUCCUCAGCGCUAUCAACACUCUCCGCAAUUCCAGAGAGUCACAGCUGAAUGAAUCAGUGAAGGUGGUGCAUGUCACCUAUGAGAAAAUCACAGCAACCUCCUAUGCUGUCAUUUUUAAAUUUAAUUUGAGUAAUAUCAGCAUGUCAAAGGAUCCUGAGCUAAGAAACGGCACAUAUCUACAAGCUCAGGGUGUCAUCAAUAAUGCGCUGAACACUCUUCUGAAUGAACCUGGCAGACCAACUUUAAAUCCCAAGUCAUCCAACUUCAUAAGCACAUCAAACCAAAUUGAUGGCAGGAUGGACUACACCUUCCAGGAUAAAGAUGCCAUUCAACCAGUCAGCUUCCUAAAUGAGCUUCGUUCACAGACAGCUAGUACUCUGACAACUACUCCACCGACAGUGCGUGGCAGAGCACUUAUAUCCAUUCGCCUCGUGUUCGUCACACUGGGCCCCCUGCCAAAUCCAGAUAAGGUUCUUGAGGUGGUCAACAAUAUGCUGAAAACACGUCUCACAACUAAACAAGACACCACAACACAAGACCUGAGUGAUUCUGUGAACUUUGCCAAUGUCACAUAUACGAAAAUAAAUGAGACAGCCUAUGCUCUCAACUUUGGAUUUGAAAUCAGCAAUAUAACCAUGUCUGGGAAACUUGAACUCAGGAAUGGCACCCACCUGGUAAUACAAGACUCUAUAAACUCAUUGCUGGGCAAGAUCCUCCUCAGUAACUCCUCAGCUCCUCUCAUUAAGUUCCAAGCAGCUGAUUUCAAGGGUAAUUCCACUGUGAUUCAGGCCAACGUAGAGUAUGUUUUCUCACCAAGUGACAUCACGCAACCGAGCAUCUUUGUUCAGCAACUUCUCCAACUUGCCGAAGCGAGCAGUCUGACAACAACCUCACCACCGAUCUUGACUAGGAGGGCAAUUAUUAAGAUUCGUCUCGAGUUUAUCACACUGGGCCCAAGACCAAGUGAGAAGAGUGUUCUAGACGUGGUUAAAUCUAUGCUGGCUUCAAAUCUCACAACUAAACAAACCGCCAGAACAGUAAGCGUGAGUGACCCUGUGACCGUGGAUAAUGUCAUUUAUUUGGGAAUUAAUGACACCGCCUACGCACUCAUCUUUACAUUUGAAAUCAACAAAGUAUCACUGACAGAAUUGAAAAGGAAUGAAACCUAUCAAGUAAUCCAAAAGAAGAUAAAUGACUUGGUGAUCAAGAUCCUAAAAGACCCCUCAGUUAAUCUGCUCAUUCCUGCCGAAUUCAAGGAUAAUCUCACCGUGAUCGAGGCCAAUGUUAUGUUUGUUUUCUCGCAACAUGACAGCAACUCGGCUGCUGGUUACUUGGUCAGUACCCUUUUCAAGGUUUUUACCACACCAGUUCCAACCACCAUGAACACUACAAUCUCAAACAACGGUACAAACGUAGCAUGGAUUGUGGCUAUCAUUGUCCCCUGCGCUAUUGUCAUCGGGCUCGUACCUUGCUGGAUUCUCCUUUGCUGUUUGUUGUGUGGUUGCUGUGCAGCAAUCAGGAGACGUUGGCACAGAAGACAGUCGUACAAUGUACAGUACACAACUCGAAACAGCCUCUUCUAGAGAUAUUCAAGACCAAACUUUGAUACUUAAAAUAUUAUUAAUUUUCCUGUAUUGCUGGGCAUACAGAACCUCUCUAAAUGGGAUGCAACUGUGAUUAAAAGAAAAACAACAACAACAACUACUAUUUAAGGAAUGAUUUUAUUUAUUUAAAAUCUGUUAUGUAAAGUAAUGAUAAUCUUGUUUUAUAAAUGAAAGAUUUAUUUGGUAGUAUGUAUUUAACGUCAAGGGAAAAAUGUAGAAUGUGUUGAUCACUUCUUUAUUCACACUUUAUGUACUUUAUCUAAGAUAAUAUAUUGUACCUUGAUGACAUAUUUAUGUACAAAUCCACAAUUAAUGUUUUAAGACUGUGUAGUUAAAAACUAUAAUUUAAUAAAAACAAGUAAAUAUCAAUUUGAGAACAUUAUUGUAGCCAUAAUUGUCGGUAUAUACAAUAGAGAACUUUACAGUUUUAAUAUGUUGGAAAAUUCAUUUGGGCCCAUCC